AUUUUACGUUUCCUAGUAAGCAGGAGGAGGUUUCGGAAAAAUUUCGUUUUCUCGCGUUUCCCCGUGGCCGCCUACCACCCCGUUAAUUAAUUAAUUUCAUUUUCUAUAGCAAAAGAAAAAGGGAAUAUAGAAAUCAUAUUGAUUGAUUGAACAUUGCAAAUAAAAGGAUCUUCCACCAACUAUUAACAUUUCGACAUAGGUCUCUACGCGGUGAUUGUGUGUGUACGCAUCAUUUUGCUUGGAAGAAAAAAUAUAAAAAAAAUUGUGUGAAAUGUGUUAUUUAUAGCGCUUCAAAGCAACAAUAAGAACGUUUUUAAACAAAUGUAUAUUUAAAAAAUAAUAAUAAUCGUGUUUAUGUGAACCACUGAAAGUGAGUGUAGCGAUUUGAUACAUAAUCUAUUAGAAAAAAGGUGGAAAAUAGUGUGUGCGUGUGGAUACGGGGCACUAUCAAAUAUGCGGAACUUUUUCCUAGCACUGCUGCUUUCCUUUGACCUCUAUUUAUUUUCUUCUUUGAAAAGUGUUGUUGCUGAUUCAUACAGCGACUACUUUUCCGAUUAUGAGUGCAAUACACCGCUAAUGGAAAAGGCCAUUUUAUCGGCCACUUCAGCAUUGAAUGACCGAGGACCGGAGAAGGCUCGACUAAAUGGUAAUUCGGCAUGGACUCCAGUUGAAAAUACCUACAAUCACUUCCUAACCAUUGAUUUGGGCUAUAAAAGCACUGUUCGUAAAAUCGCUUCUAUGGGACGGCCAUUUACUAAUGAAUUCGUUACCGAAUAUAUUGUCCAAUAUUCUGAUGAUGGGGAAUAUUGGCGCUCGUACGUCAAUCCAUCUAGUGAACCACAGAUGUUCAAAGGCAACUCGGAUGGCAAUUCAAUUCAUUACAACGUUUUUGAAGUCCCCAUUAUUGCCCAAUGGAUACGGAUAAAUCCCACACGCUGGCAUGAUCGAAUCUCGAUGCGUGUUGAACUUUAUGGUUGUGACUAUGUGGCAGAGAAUCUGUACUUUAACGGCACUGGGAUGGUUCGUUAUAACUUAUUGCAGGAACCUAUAGCUUCGACUCGAGAAUCAAUUCGUUUCCGUUUCAAGACGGCUAAUGCCAAUGGCAUUAUGAUGUAUUCCCGCGGCACACAAGGCGAUUAUUUCGCCCUGCAACUAAUGGAGAAUAAGAUGAUGUUGAAUCUUGAUUUGGGCGGAGGCAUUAUGACGUCUUUAUCUGUGGGCAGUCUACUGGAUGAUAAUGUUUGGCACGAUGUAGUCAUUUCCCGCAAUCGUCGUGACAUUAUAUUUUCGGUGGAUCGUGUUAUCGUCCGUGGUCGUAUUAAGGGUGAAUUUAGUCGUCUGAAUUUGAAUCGUGAAUUGUAUUUGGGCGGCGUACCUAACAUACAGGAGGGCAUAUAUGUUACACAAAAUUACAGUGGUUGCAUGGAGAAUAUUUUUUUCAAUUCCACCAACUUCAUACGAGAGAUGAAAGACAGCUACGAGAGAGGAGAAUCAUAUCGAUUCAAUAAAUUCAACACAGUCUACGCUUGUCCAUCACCACCCAUUUAUCCGGUGACAUUUACAACGCGCGGAUCAUUUGUUCGUCUAAAGGGCUAUGAGGGGCAAAAAUCCUUGAAUGUUUCCUUUUAUUUCCGUACCUACGAGAACGAUGGUAUGAUGCUGCACCAUGAUUUUGCCAAUGGUGGUUACGUUCGAGUCUUUCUGGAAAAGGGAAAGGUUAAAGUUGACUUGAAACUAUCCGACAAACCCCGCAUUAUUUUGGAUAACUAUGAUGAGAGGUUUAACGAUGGCAAAUGGCAUGCCUUCAUCUUGGCCAUACAACGCAAUCGCCUUGUACUGGACAUUGAUCAACGUCCCAUGGCCACCACAAAGAAUAUUCAAAUUUCAACUGGUCGUAUUUACUAUAUUGCGGGUGGCAUGGAAAAGAAUAAUGGUUUUGUGGGCUGUAUGCGUUUGAUUUUGGUAGAUGGCAAUUAUAAGCUUCCUAAGGAUUGGGUUCAGGGCGAGGAGGUUUGUUGUGGUGAUGAAGUAGUGGUGGAUGCUUGCCAAAUGAUUGAUCGCUGCAAUCCAAAUCCUUGUCAGCACAAUGGUAAUUGUCACCAGGAUUCAACUGAUUUCUUUUGUGAUUGUGACCAAACCGGUUAUGCUGGAGCUGUUUGCCACACCUCUAAUAAUCCAUUAUCGUGUCAAGCCCUCAAGAAUGUACAGCAUGUACAAUCUCGCGUUACUACAAAAAUUGAUGUUGAUGGCAGCGGACCCUUAAAGCCAUUCCCAGUAACCUGUGAAUUUUACACUGAUGGCCGUGUUAUAACUACAUUAAGUCACAGCCAGGAACAUACGACGACAGUGGAUGGUUUCCAAGAGCCAGGAUCUUUUGAACAAAAUAUUCUCUAUGAUGCUGAUAUGCAGCAAAUUGAAGCUUUGUUGAACCGUUCACAUAGCUGUUGGCAACGACUAAGUUAUUCUUGCAGAUCGUCACGCCUUUUCAAUUCUCCUUCUGAAAUAACUAAUUUCAGACCCUUCUCUUGGUGGGUGUCUCGACACAAUCAACCAAUGGACUAUUGGGCGGGAGCUCUGCCAGGUUCUCGUAAAUGUGAAUGCGGUAUAUUGGGCAAAUGCCAGGACCCUACGAAAUGGUGUAAUUGUGAUUCAAACAGCCUGGAGUGGGCCGAAGAUGGUGGUGACAUCCGCGAAAAGGAAUACUUACCGGUAAAGGCUGUCAAGUUUGGAGACACUGGCACCCCAUUAGAUGAAAAGCAAGGUCGCUACACAUUGGGGCCUUUACGUUGUGAAGGAGAUGACUUGUUUAGUAAUGUGGUAACAUUCCGUAUUGCUGAUGCGACAAUCAAUUUGCCACCAUUUGAUAUGGGGCAUUCGGGUGACAUCUAUUUGGAAUUUAAGACAACUGUUGAAAAUGCCGUCAUUUUCCAUGCCACUGGGCCAACAGAUUACAUUAAAUUGACCAUAAUUGGUGGCAACAAAUUGCAAUUCCAAUAUCAAGCCGGUAGUGGACCAUUAGGUGUUAAUAUCGGUACCAGCUAUCAUUUGAAUGACAAUGAGUGGCACACGGUUAGUGUGGAACGUAAUAGGAAAGAAGCCCGCCUAGUUGUAGAUGGUUCAAUAAAGGCCGAAGUGCGUGAACCACCUGGUCCAGUCCGUGCUUUACAUUUGACAUCGGAUUUGGUGAUUGGAGCCACAACCGAGUACCGUGAUGGAUAUGUGGGCUGUAUACGAGCUUUAUUGUUAAAUGGAAAAAUGGUUGAUCUGAAACAACAUGCCGAACGUGGCAUGUACGGUAUUUCAUCGGGAUGUGUAGGUCGCUGUGAGUCUAGUCCAUGCUUAAACAAUGGUACUUGUAUCGAACGGUAUGAUGGCUAUGGCUGCGACUGUCGCUGGAGCGCCUUUAAGGGGCCCAUAUGUGCUGACGAAAUUGGUGUUAAUUUGCGCAGUAACUCUAUUAUACGCUACGAAUUUGUUGAAUCAUUCCGUUCGACAAUAGCUGAAAACAUUCGUGUUGGUUUUACCACUACUAUACCAAAAGGUUUCCUAUUGGGAUUCUCGUCGAACAUUACUGGAGAAUAUUUAACCAUACAAAUUUCCAAUUCAGGUCAUUUGCGUUGCGUUUUCGAUUUUGGUUUCGAGCGUCAAGAAAUCAUCUUUCCCAAAAAACAUUUUGGUCUUGGACAGUAUCACGAUGUAAGAUUUUCACGAAAGAAUAGUGGAUCCACAGUUGUUUUAAAGGUGGACAAUUAUGAACCUGUGGAAUACAAUUUCGAUAUUAAAGCGUCCGCUGACGCCCAGUUUAACAAUAUACAAUACAUGUAUAUUGGCAAAAAUCUUUCAAUGACCGAUGGCUUUGUUGGGUGCGUGUCCCGAGUGCAAUUCGAUGAUAUUUAUCCUCUGAAACUGUUGUUCCAACAAAAUCCACCAUCUAACGUUAAAUCAUUGGGAUCUCAACUUACCGAAGAUUUUUGUGGCGUUGAACCGGUUACCCACCCACCUACUGAAGUAGAAACUAGGCCACCACCUCUGGUCGAUGAAGAGAAACUACGUAAGGCUUAUAACGAAGUGGACACAGCACUUUUGGCAAUUCUUCUUAUCAUACUAUUCCUACUGCUGAUUUUAAUGAUCUUCCUUAUCGGCCGUUACUUGCACAGACAUAAAGGCGACUACUUAACUCAUGAGGAUCAAGGUGCGGAUGGCGCCGAUGACCCGGACGAUGCUGUGGUCCAUUCUACAACUGGCCAUCAAGUGACCAAACGAAAAGAGUGGUUCAUAUAGUUCGAAAUGCCACAUGUGGAUGAGUGGUCAACGUAGUAGUAGUAGUAGUAGAAGAAGCACUCUACUCAGAUUUGACAAACAACGCAAACACCAAUUUUUCGCAUUCAAAAAGAAAUUUAAAACUGAAAAACAUUGAACACUUUUCAAAUUACUGUUAUUGAGCAAAGACUUUAUAAUGGGAUAGAUAGACAGACGCGACGCGACGCGACAAAGAAAACGAUCAUGCCCUCCCACUCCCCCCUAUCUCUCUCUCUCUCUCUCUCUCUCUCUCUCUCUGUCUUUCUCACCAUAACUAAACAACAAAGCUGGCCUUAUAACAACGUUGAAAUGAAAAACAAAUUAAGUCUUCGACACUGCCAAUUAUUUUGCAGAAAACUAUAAACUACGUAUGCAGCUUACAUGAUUAUUUUUUUUUUCAUUCAUUCAUUUAGUUUUGGAUUUGAAAGCAUAAUUAAUUUUGUCACAAAAAACAAAAACGAAUUCUCUCUAAAACUUAACUUUACUUUUUUCGAAAAACAAAAUAGAUUUUUAAGUUCUUUAAUACCGUCCAUUAUUUGUAUUUUAGUUUUUAUGCAUUAUUUUUAAGUUCUCUUAGUUUGUUUUUUUUUUGUCUUUUCUUUUUUGUAUUUUAUGAUCAUCCAAACAGAAGAUGUGCUCAGUGCUAAUGCGGAAUUUAUGAUACGCACCCGUACUUGCAGGUUCAUUCAUCGAAUGAAAAGAAACUUAACAUCGUUUCCAUGUUUUGUAAAUAAGAAGAGAACAAAAUCGCCAUUGCACAGCUUUAGACAUUAUGAUGUAGAAUUGUUCACAAUAACAUCCUACUGUGGUUGUUUCAAACCAACCUGUAUACACACUCUCCAACAUCUCGCCUUAUUCGUAAUGUGAAUGACCGGCGUUUACGAUUCUCUUUUGUACGAAAACAACGUGUGAAACUACAUUCCAUUAAUUAAUCGUAUAUAUUGUAUUGUGUUAAAAGCAUAAUUUUAAAUAUUUUUUAUGUAGAAAUUAGUUUUGUUACAAUUAAAACGAAAAUAAAACAAAAAACAAUUGGAUAUUUGCAUUGAAAUUUUACAAAGUAAUAACAAUAAGUUAAUAAAAAAGAAAACAUUGAUUGAUUAAAUGCUGAAAUACCAUAAGCAAGUGUAACGCAAUUUGAUACUUCGCAUCCCGAUUCAUAAAAAAACAAAAACAAAAAAAAAAAUGAGAAUAGGUACAUUUUUAUUGUGUGCAUAUAAAUACUAUGGACAACAUUUUGUUGUUGUUGGCGACAGAAUAAAAAUAGGUAUUUUAAUAAUGGUAAACGAAGAAAAAAAUCAAAUUAUAUUAAUAUACAAUAGAAAUAAAGAGAACAAUAAAUUUCAAUAUGUACAUCAGCAAAUAAA